AUGUCGCGGUUUGUGGUGGCGCUGCGGCCGUGUGGACAGCUGCGUGAGCGGCUCACAGAGCCCUUGGAGCUGAGUGCUGGAGUGCACAUCCUGGGGCGAAGCCCACAAACCAAAGUGAAGCAGCAGUUGUGCAGCCGACGCCAGAUUGAGCUGGAUGUCGACACCGCCCGCGGCACCGUCACCCUCAAGCAGCAGCUUGGCCCAAACGCAUGCUCUGUGAAUGGACAAACCAUCAGCCGAGGGAACAGUGUGGCGGUUUCGCGAGGCGCCCGCAUCUCCAUGUUGGCAGACAGUCCAGACGAGACCACGUUCACCCUGGACAUCCACGAGUACGCGCCCUGUGGCAUGACAACGCCCGAAUCAACGCCGCUAACCCAGUUUGACACGUCAGCGUCCAGCACCGCGUCUUCUGUACGACCUGACGCGACUAGUUUUGACACAAAGCCAAGCGCACAUGCCCCAGCCAUCACCAUCAAUCUCACAAGCAACACUGGCGCCGCCACAAUCACCAUCACCAACAAUAUCACUGCUGCAGACGAUGCUGAUUCAUCGCGCUUGACGACACCAGGCGGUGACGCCGUUACUGAAGAAGACACUGGACAGCCCAAGCAGCGCAGCGACAAGCAGCAGCGACGUGUCACCAGCGAGUGUGUGGACCACUGGGCAAAUGCGCUGACGGAGUUGGUGCGUCACCCGGAGCGCCAUGCUGAUGACAUUGUCUACGAGACCGUCGACACGCUCGUCAUCAACGACAAGUACCCAAAGGCGCGGUACCACUUUCUUGUGCUGCCCAAACGCGUGAUCACGGAUCUGACGUGCCUCACCCGACAUGACCGCCACCUCAUCCAGAGACUGCAGGAGACAGCCAUGACCUUUGGCAAGAUGAUUCAGGAGGACAAGCCAGGCGUCAAGUUUCAUACGGGGUUUCACGCCGUUCCCAGCAUGAAUCAAGUGCACCUUCACUUGAUUUCGCAGGAUUUCGACUCUGUGUCCCUCAAGAACAAGAAGCACUGGAACUCGUUCAACACGCCGUAUUUCGUUCCUGCUCGCAAGGUGUAUGAGAUGCUGAAGAAUGAGGGCCGAAUCCACUUUGAUGAAGCAAAGUACAAGGAGUAUUUGAAGAAGCCGCUGGUGUGCCACCGGUGUCGCCAGGAGAUGCGCAACAUGCCCACCCUCAAGCGGCACCUUAAGGAGCACCUCACCAACCCCUAG